UGACAAAAAAAAAAAAUACCAGGAAAAUCUCAGGUCUCUUCUCCUGCACCUGAAAUUGUUACUAAGUAAGAACCCUAAUGCAGAUUAUCGACCCUCUUUGAGGAUCCAAAAUUGCAAAUUCUGGUGCAUAAUUUUCAUCUCUUUGGAUUAAAUUUCUGUGAAAUCAAACAGAAAUAGGUGGAUUUGAAUUUUGAAGCAUAAUUUGGUGGUUGAAUUGGGUAAUGGCGACAGUUUGCAAGUCGCAAGAAGAAAUCGCCCAAAAAGCUAUCAAUCAUGCUUUGAAGUCUCUGCGGAAGCGCCAUUUGCUCGAAGAAGCUGCUCAUGCUCCUGCUUUUCUCGCACUUUCUAGACCCAUUGUUUCCCAGGGCUCUGAGUGGAAAGAGAAAGCAGAGAACUUGCAAGUGGAACUUCAGCAAUGCUAUAAAGCUCAAUCUCGGUUGUCUGAGCAACUUGUUGUGGAAGUAGCUGAUUCCAGAGCUUCAAAAGCUUUGGUUCAGGAGAAAGACAAUGCAAUUGCUGAUCUGCAGAAGGAGUUAACCGAAAUGAGGGAUGAGUUCUCUCAAUUAAAGGUGGACUUGGAACAAAAGAUCAAAGAGCUAGAAGUGAUUGUGAGUGAGAAUUCAGAACUUAAAGCACAACUGGAGCAGAUGACUGCCCAAUGUAAGAAAGCUGAAGCUGAAAAUAAGAUGUUGAUUGACCGCUGGAUGUUGGAAAAGAUGAAGGAUGCUGAGCGCCUAAAUGAGGCAAAUGCCCUGUAUGAAGAGAUGGUUGAGCGGCUAAGAGCCAGUGGCUUAGAACAACUAGCAAGGCAGCAGGUGGAUGGCGUAGUUCGGCGAUGUGAAGAAGGUGCUGAAUUCUUUUUGGAUUCCAACAUCCCUUCCACUUGCAAGUUCAGGUUAAAUGCACAUGAAGGGGGUUGUGCUUCCAUAUUGUUUGAGUUCAACUCUAGUAGAUUAAUUACAGGGGGACAGGACCAGUCAGUUAAAGUGUGGGAUACUAAUACAGGAUCUGUAUGUUCUAAUCUUCAUGGCUGCAUUGGCUCAGUAUUGGAUCUCACGAUCACCCAUGAUAAUCGUUCUGUCAUUGCUGCAAGCAGUUCAAACAACUUGUAUGUUUGGGAUCUCAACUCAGGCAGGGUCCGUCAUACCCUCACCGGGCACAAAGAUAAAGUUUGUGCUGUUGAUGUCAGCAAGGUUUCCAGUCGUCAUGUGGUCAGUGCAGCUUACGAUCGUACUAUAAAAGUUUGGGACCUAAUGAAAGGUUACUGCACAAACACAAUCAUUUUUGCCAGCAACUGCAAUGCACUUUGCUUCAGCAUGGAUGGACAGACCAUAUAUUCUGGACACGUUGAUGGCAACCUUCGGUUAUGGGACAUUCAGAGUGGAAAGCUACUAAGUGAGGUUGCUGCACAUUCACUUGCUGUCACAUCAAUUUCCCUUUCUCGAAACGGAAAUGUUGUACUGACGAGUGGAAGGGACAAUGUGCACAAUUUGUUUGAUGUGCGAUCUCUGGAAGUUUGCAGUUCAUUUAGAGACACAGGAAACAGAGUGGCUUCUAAUUGGAGUCGCUCCUGUAUUAGUCCCGACAACAGUCAUGUUGCUGCUGGGUCUGCUGAUGGAUCUGUUCAUAUUUGGUCAGUACAUAAAAAUGAAAUUGUCAGUACUCUGAAGGAACAUACGUCCUCUGUUCUUUGUUGCAGAUGGAGUGGGAUUGGAAAACCGUUAGCUUCAGCUGACAAGAAUGGGAUUGUCUGCAUCUGGAAGUAAUGGUUUUUCAUUCUUUGAAUAGACUACGAGUUUGACCUCACAUACAAAAAGUGCUUGCAUAUUUACAUUCGGGUAAUGGGGUGUGGUAAAGCUCAACUUUACAGUUUUCAAAUUGGCUGGUUGAAUUCUUUCUUAGAACUGUUUUAUUCAUACACGACAUACCACUCAGAUUAGGAACUAUGUAUAUAUCAAAUUUUAUUUUUUAACAAAGCUUCAUUUAGACUAUUCUCUCUCAAUAUCUCAAGUGUAGCAUGAAUAACUCUAGAGUAGUGUGAUGAAGCUUUUAUUAUGGAUACUAAUAUUGCAUUAGAAAAAAUUGUUUGAACA